ACCUAGCGUGUGAACGUAAUGCUUUUUCCAUAUUCUUUUCGUGCAUUCCUGGCUACUGAGUUCACCGGGCUUUUAAGGAUGUUUAGCAGUUUGGAAUGGUUUUACUACGCGUUUCUGUUGAUUUUAAUGUUGUUUUAAAUUAUUUAAACGUUAAUUUAAACCACAUUGGGGCUGCUUAGGAAGGGCAGUCUAGAAAUGAAGGUGAUAGUAAUAUUUUAUCACACUGCUAAUGCGUUAUAACGGGCAAAAAUGAGAAACACAAAAUGCAAAUCUUACUUUUGAAAAGGAUCCUCAGUCCUGCUAAUUGAAUUUAAUGGUGCUGCUGUCUUGGAGUUACUAUUUCUUUCUGUCGUGGACCAGCCUGGAUACUCCCUCUUCUAGACAGGUAGUUCCCAUACUCGGGCCAUUCUAAUCCACUUGACUAAACCCAAGAUUGCCAACUGGCUGCCUUCUUUUACUUUUGUGCUUCUGGCUUGUUACCUCAAGCCAGGUUAGACACAAUUGGCACAUGAAUCUAGGCCAUGGGCCUGUGUUAGCCUGGAACUGGAUUGAUCUGUUGAGGAUGAGAUUUCUUAAACUUUUAUACCCAGUCUUUGCUUAUCAUUAUGUUUAGGACAUUAUUAAUAAAGACCUGACUGUACAUAAUCCUCUAAAAGGUUCCUCACUUAAAGCGUGAAAUAAAGAAUUUACAAGGUUUGGAAAUAAAAUAUUAAUUUUACAUAAUUUGAAAAUGUACUUAUUCUAUGGCCGGUAUAUUUAAUGAGCAAUGGUAGCACCUCUGUGCCAGAGUCGGGCCAUUCAUUUUUUCUUACCUGUUUCCAGCUCUGUUUCUGGGCAAAAGCUUAGCAUAACUGCCCAAAUUACUACAUUUACUGUAGAAGGCCUGUUUCCUACCAUCCCAGAAUUCAGUGCUAUCUUUGUAAGAGGGCUCAAGGAUGAAAAUGGAGGAGCAAGACCCCACAGGCAAUCCACAAAGGCUGGAAUCCACAGGAACAGAAAAAACCUGUAAUAUCCUCCAGGAUGCUCUAGAUUGCAAACCCAGCGUGGAGGGAGGAAGUAACUGCCCUGAAGCCAUUCAAUCUGAAAGUAAUGGAGGAUUUUCCACAAGGACAACUCAUCCAGUUAAAGAAGAACCAGAAGAGUAUCUGGCCUAUUGCUGGGAAGCCCAGUGGCAAGAGUUUCUGAAAACAGUGGAAUCUCCUCCCUCCGGGCUGGAAAUCCUUCAGUUGUCCGAGGCAUCCACCCCUUGGAAUGACACCAAAGCUUUUUUAGCCUCCUUUGAGCAAGUGGCCAAAGCCUGUAGGUGGCCCAAAGAAGAAUGGGUGACUCGACUCCUGCCAGCUCUCAGUGGAGAAGCUGAGACGGCCUUCAGCAUGUUGGAAGGCAGAGACAGAGAGGAUUACGGAAAGGUGAAGGCAGCCCUCUUGCGAGGAGAAGCUGUCAGCAGAGAGAAAAGCCGCCAGCACUUCAGGCGUUUCUGCUACUUGGAGGCCAAGGGUCCAAGAGCUGUUUAUGGCCAACUCCAAGAACUUUGCCGUCAAUGGCUGAAGGUUGAGACACACACAAAAGAGCAGAUCUUGGAACUGCUGGUCCUGGAGCAGUUCCUGAUGAUCCUGCCCCCAGAGGUCCAGAGCUGGGUACGGCAGCAUGGCCCGGAAACUUGUGCCCAGGCUGUAAGCCUUGCUGAAGAUUUUCUGUAUAAACAGCAGGAGAUUGAAAGACAAGCAACCCAGGAGGCCAGGUCAGAAAACAGAGCAAGGAUUUCAGGAAUCCUAUUCCACAGAAUCUUGAAAGUCUGCCAGAGUAUCCUUCUUCCCACUCUUACAGCAAACAAAAUCAAGGUAGCUUUUGAGAAAGUGACUGUGAAUUUCUCUGGGGCAGAAUGUGCUGCAGCUGAUACUGAACAGAAGCAGCUAUACGGAGCACCCAAGCAGGAAGAUGAGCAUGAUGCUGGCCUGUUUGGUAAGGGAUGGAUGACCGUACAAGAGAGAGAGAGAGGUGUGGCUGAAGAUCCUGAGCAUGCAGGGCCUUGUGAGGUGUCCCUGUGGAAAGCAGAAGAGGUUGUUCCUCAGUGUUGUGUGCAGGAAAAGGCCUCAACUAGUCAGGAGAGACUGGAAUGUCAACAGAGCACCUUUACAGGAGGUGAAGCAGAUGAAUCUGCCCUUUACGGGGGAGAUUACAAGACUAUCAUUGUAGCCACAAUCCAGACAGGAACUGACACUGGUAAGAAACAAAACAUCUCCCGAGCCUAUGGCAGAAAUUUGAAUCAGAGCUCCACUGUGGUUAAGAACCGUCGUACAGGAGGAAAAGCACAUAAAUGCUUGGUCUGUGGGAAAUUCUUUCUUUCUAGCUCUAAGCUCAUCAUUCACCAGAGGACCCACACUGGGGAGAAGCCAUAUGAAUGUGCUGCUUGUGGGAAAACCUUUCGGUCCAGUUCAGUGCUUUACCGUCACCAAAGAAUCCACACAGGAGAGAAGCCACAUAAAUGCCCUAUCUGCGGGAGAAGAUUCAGUAGCAAUUCAAAUCUUAACCGACAUCAGAGGAUCCACACUGGGGAGAAACCAUUUGAGUGCUCAGACUGUGGGAAAAGCUUUAUUCAGAGGGCCAACCUUAAUAAGCAUCAUAAGAUCCAUACCAUAGAAGGGAAAAGUGGGGAGUGUUUUAGUAUGAGCUGAAGCCUCACUACCUCAUCAUGAGAGAAAACCAUGUAAAAGACUGGAUUGUGAAAGAGCACUCAGGGGAAUUGGAGUAAGCAAUUGGUACGCUGGCCACAAGGAUCUCUUUGGACUUCUGACUGCUUUGAUGAAGUGUAGGAUUGCAGGAAGGGAUGGGACUUCCAUAGCCACAACUCUCUGGUCUGGCGCUGAGAGAUUUUCAGUGGUUGGGUGUUUUGACUGGGAAGAUUUAGAAUUCUAGUAUCUGUGUCAUGACAUUCUGUACAAAGACAUUCACAAUUAGCUGCCUUACUCCCUUAGGAAGCAAGACCUCAUUCUGGGUGUGAAGCUCCAGUGUGUUCAUUAUUUAUGGAGGAAGACCAUUUUAAAUGGGUUGUUUUAUGAUGGUGCUGUGAAGGCCCACAGGCAGAGAAACCUAAAUAUACAGUACUGUGCAAA